AUCUAUUUUCUACCAGCUGUUGAGUGGUUACGCAUUUGUAAAUAAAAUGUGAAUACAAUUUCACUUUUUUGGAAAUAUAUUGAAAAUAUUUAUAAAAAUUAAUUAAAAAUGUUUUCAAUAAUACGAAACUGCUCUCCGCUCAAACGGCUGCCCUUCAAAACACUCUGUCUACAAGAAAACCCAUUAAAUUCUCUAAUUAUACCUAUAUCCUACGUUCACACUACACCGGUAUGUAAAACAUUUUGGGAACGUGAGAAAAAAUCCGGUUAUAAAACUUCAUUGCCGCAACCAUCCAAAAAGAAAUUGAUACUAGAUGGUUUGAGAGAACUCAAAGAGGAAAUUCACUUAUGGAGCGAAGAAAUGAAGGAAAAAUUAGAAUCAGAUCCCAUACUUGUUUAUCGACCGGGUGAAACUGAUAUUGUUUUUAAUUUCAAAGAUAAAUCAUCAUUAGAUAAAUGGAUAGUGACUACCGAUAUGGAUCAUAAUGAAGGUAAAAGUACAGCUUCAUUGGAAUUGAGUAAUUCGGGAGCGGGUCUCUUUCAUGGAGAGGUCAAUUCGGAACACAUUAAGGAUGGUGUUAUAAAGAGAACGGGUUAUGCAAAUAUACGCACGAAACGUGUGAGAAAAUCAUUUAAACGUGAGGCUACUUAUGACUGGAGUCAAUACAAUAUGUUGGUUUUAAAAAUACGUGGUGAUGGUCGUAGUUAUUUAAUUAACUUACACUGCGAAGGCUAUUUCGAUUUGAUGUGGAAUGAUGUUUAUCAUUAUGCCCUGUAUACAAGAGGUGGACCACAUUGGCAAAUAGCUAAGAUCCCUUUUUCGAAAUUCUUCUAUUCAUCAAAAGGACGUGUACAAGAUCGCCAACAAGCCAUACAAUUAAAUCGCAUUACCCAUUUUGGUUUUUCGGUAGCUGCUAAAAAUGGUAUGGAUGGUCCCUUUAAUUUAGAAAUCGAUUAUGUGGGACUCGAAUUCGAUCCUAGUCAUCGUGAAGAAUUUGCUUAUGAAAUGUAUCAAACACCAAAAUAUAUUGUAGCCACAUAAUAGAAAGUUUAACGAUUGAAUAGAUAACCAAUUUGUUAAAAAAA